AUGUCUUUGUUCAUAAAGUUGCUUAAUGAAAGGGAUGACAGAUUAGGAAAAUUAAGAUCAGAGGCCCACUUGAAAGGAGGUGAUAUCAUAGUACAGAAGCCUCCCUCUGGGCAUGCUAGAGCAGUAAUUGAAGAGCCUGCAUCUGUGAUGACAGCAUCGCCAACAGGUGAGUUCAGCGACCAAGAGAUAGGUCAUGUACGUGAUGCUCCUAUGAAAACGACUGUGAAGAAUGAGUCUAAUGAUGUUGAUGAUUUUAAAUUGAGUCUCAAACCACAACUGGAAGAGCUCGAUGCGAGGACAGAUACCAAGAUCAAAUUUCUUGUGAGGCAGAGAAUCGUUAAUCAGGCAUUGAAUUCAGAAAACAGCGAGUAG